CGCCGAGUUUGGUUGCGUUUUUUAUUUAUUUCAUCAACUUUGGAUAGAGCAAUAAUUUGUUUUAACAUAAAAUUUGCAAAAGAAGUAUUUAAUACCACAAACGGCUGCAUAUUUUAUGCAUUUUUCGUGCUGUGAAAACUUAUUUAUCUGAAAUAACAAUAAUUCCAAACAUAAAAUUCAAAUGCAAAGAAAGAAAUUAUUAAAAAAUUGAAAAAAAAAUUCCUCAGCGAAUGACUUGCGCUUGUACAUCGUUUUGAAAGAAGAAAAAAUUACGAACGAUUUUUAUUUGUGUGGGACAGAAAGAAACAGAUAAUGAAUUAUUUUGCCCAUGGCAAAGGCAAUAAGUGCGAAAGGGUGCGCUGUAUAAAGCAAAUCCUUAACUACAAACAUUUGCUGGCAUAAAGAGGGAAAGAAACAACUACUGCUACUGUCAAACGUACAAUCAUCACUUUUUAUCUCUCUUCAAGUCAUAAUUGAAGUGUACGUGUUGUUAUUGUAAAAAAACGCGAGUGUGUUUUAUGAGAAGAUUGCAACUUUUUUUUAUUUAAUUUUUUCGAAUUUCACUGUGAUUUGAUUUUAUUUUUUCGUUUCAAUUUGUCAUAAAAUCAUUUUUUUUCGUGUGUGUUCCAACAAAAUUAUUAUAAAUAAAUUUAAAAAAAAGUACACUGAGAUUUCUUGGGUGAAUUAUUAUUGUGCUAAUUCAUUGUGUUUAAAGAAAACUAAAAACCAUCUAUUAGGAAUUUAGUUUAUUACAAAAAAAAAAUUAAAUAAUAUGAUGAAAAUGGAGACUGAUAAAAUUAUGGAUGAAACCAAUUCCAAUUCACAACCUUUUACUUCAACAAUGUUGUAUGAUCCAGUCCGCAAGAAAGAAUCCUCCCCCACAUUUCAAGUUGAACGUGAAACCUGUUUGACAUACUUCUCACAAUGGAACGAAGCAGAUCAAGUGGACUUUGUUGAACAGCUACUGUCACGCAUGUGCCAUUAUCAGCAUGGUCAUAUAGAUGCGUUUCUAAAGCCAAUGUUACAGAGAGAUUUCAUUUCAUUAUUACCGAAAAAAGGUUUGGAUCAUAUUGGUGAAAAUAUCUUAUCAUACUUGGAUGCAGAUUCGUUAAAGGCCGCUGAAUUGGUAUGCAAAGAAUGGUUGCGUGUUAUAUCCGAGGGUAUGCUAUGGAAGAAAUUGAUUGAACGUAAAGUUCGUACAGAUUCCUUAUGGCGUGGCUUGGCAGAGCGCCGUGGUUGGAUCCAAUACUUGUUUAAGCCACGUCCUGGUACUACACACAGACCUCAUUCUUUCUAUCGGGCAUUAUUUCCUAAAAUUAUGAAUGACAUUGAAAGUAUUGAAAACAACUGGAGAACAGGCCGUCACAUGUUGCGUCGCAUUAAUUGUCGUUCGGAAAAUUCAAAAGGUGUUUAUUGUCUGCAAUACGAUGACGUUAAGAUAGUAUCAGGUUUACGUGAUAAUACCAUUAAAAUAUGGGAUCGUACGGAUUUGCAAUGUGUCAAGACUCUUACUGGUCACACUGGCUCAGUUUUGUGUCUUCAAUAUGAUGACAAAGUCAUUAUUAGCGGUUCAUCCGAUUCAACGGUACGCGUCUGGGACGUUAAUACCGGUGAAAUGGUUAAUACUCUCAUACAUCAUUGUGAGGCCGUUUUACAUUUACGUUUCAAUAAUGGCAUGAUGGUUACCUGCUCUAAGGAUCGUUCGAUUGCCGUUUGGGACAUGACUUCGCCAAGUGAGAUAACUUUACGUCGUGUGUUGGUGGGACAUCGGGCCGCCGUCAAUGUGGUGGAUUUCGAUGAGAAAUACAUUGUGUCGGCCAGUGGUGAUCGUACAAUUAAGGUGUGGUCGACAUCUUCAUGCGAGUUUGUGCGCACAUUAAAUGGGCAUAAACGUGGCAUUGCCUGUUUGCAGUAUCGUGAUCGUUUGGUGGUCAGUGGUAGUUCAGAUAAUUCAAUAAGACUCUGGGAUAUUGAAUGUGGUGCUUGCCUACGUGUGCUGGAGGGCCAUGAAGAAUUGGUACGUUGCAUACGUUUCGAUUCCAAACGUAUUGUUAGCGGUGCCUACGAUGGCAAAAUCAAAGUAUGGGAUUUAGUGGCAGCUUUAGAUCCACGAGCACAAUCCAAUUCAUUGUGUCUGAACACUUUAGUGGAACACACUGGUCGCGUUUUUCGUUUACAAUUCGACGAAUUUCAAAUUGUCAGCAGCUCACAUGAUGAUACAAUUUUAAUAUGGGAUUUUCUAAAUUUCACUCCAAAUGAGAAUUCAACUGUUCGCACACCUUCACCUGCUCUCAUGGAACAUUAACAAUUUGUAAAAGAUCAGAUGCUUAGACAUGACGGUUUAACUGUUAACUUUUUGGAUUACGGUAAAUUUGAUAAAACGUAACAGUUGUUGUGAGUCUGACGUAUGUCUCAGAAAUACACACCGUUGCGUUUAAACAAAAAAUAUUCCGUUACACUUGUGCAACCGAUCUCUCUCCCUUUUAAUCUCUACUAAUAAACCAACUACACAACAACCACUUCUCUUAUUAAACAAAUGAUGAAAAAAAAAAUCAUAUAAAAUCAAGAAAAAGAAAUAUAUAAAAAUCAUAUGUUCAAUUAGCAGAGUGUAUACAGAAAAAAAUAUUAUUAUUAUUAUGAAAAAAACCUGUUUAGUUUUUUUAAGGCUUUAUGGAUAAUAAUAAACAAAUUAUAAUAUAAUUGAGCAACUAAGCUUCAAUACAAAUAAAAAGAAAAAAUACAAAAUUCAUAAAAAAAAUUACGCUCAAACAGAAUAUAAAGAGAAAAACAAACAUUCAUUAUCUUCAACAAAAUCAUAAACAACAAACGCUAGAACUUUUGAAUAAAAUUAUUAUUAUUAUUUAAAUUAAAUGAAAAACUAAAUUAAAAUAAAAUAAAUUAAAGAAAUUGUAAUUAUGAUUAUAAGAGAAUUUUUUUUUUGUUAAAAAAAAAUAAACACUGUGUUUAAUAUAAAACAGAACAACAAAA